CAAGUCAUUUCUUACACAUUCCUCCAUCCUCUCCAAUAUGCGUAGCCGCUGGGUCGACUCGCUCAAGCGCGGCAUCUCAGCCUCCCCACGGCCGGACGAGCGCUCACCACAGCCCUCGGGGACAUACGCACCCACACCGAGCUCCACGCUGUCUUCCGUGUCCGCACCGAGUCUCAGCGGCGCCGAAAACCCCUCGUACGUCCACGAUACCGAUCGCUGCGACUCUAUCGGCGCUUGCAGCGUCGCACGCGUCCUGGAUAACUGCGUAUUACAAGGUGGUGUGCACCACACGCAUAUGCAUGUACUGACGUAUCUGGGACGACCGCUACGGUCUGAGUGCUGCUGUUAUCCCGUGGCUGUACAAUGGUUCCGGGCAGUAGGGGAGCAGGACGACUUCCAGGUCAUCCCUGGGGCCUGCGACGAGUGGUACACACCCACAGCCGACGAUAUUGGAGCCAGGAUAUUGGCAAAAGUUAUGAUCGAGGACGAGGACGUUCUCAAGACCAAAAUGCUCGAAUACGGACCCAUCAAAGAAGAUCCAGAAGUCCGCAGCAAAGUCGAGAUGUAUCUGGAGAGGAAAUCCGUGCUCUUCAUGGGACUACGCAGCAUCUCAGUGCAAGACAGCAGCGAAUACUUAAACGAAGAAGAACUGAGAGUACGACGCAGCAUUGAAAGAAGAAGGUGGAGAAGAAAACUAAUUAUUUUUUCAUGCAGGAGAGCUGGACGCUGUUGAUCGACGAUCGGAGAGUCCGAUUGACGUGUGAAUCGUCACUAAUCCCACCAUUCGAGAGCCUCUACACUCCAGAUAUCAAGUUGGAGAUGGUUCGAGGCUCACCGAACGAGUUUUACCUUCACCUGGCUCAAGGAUGUUACGUGCGACUACGUGCCGAAUCCAACACAGUGCGGGAUAUCAUCGUCCUGACGCUGCGAGCCUUCUGCCAGAUGGCUGUGGCGGACGAGAGUACACACGAGGCCGUCGCUCGCGGCUUGUCUCCAAUGCUGACUCUACGCAAGAUCGCCCAGGACGAAGAGAGCAAGAAGCAACCCCCAGUAGGUGUCAGUGCAAACUUCGGAUUGCUGGGAUUGAGUUGCAUGCUGAGGUUGUACACGCCGUCUCUUGAUUUCGACCAGCAGACCCAGGAAGCUCCACCUCCACCGCCAGUACCGGUAUACGACCUACCGUGGAACCGAUCAGCCAGUAACUCGUUCAGUAUGGACCCGGAGUCCACAGCGACAAGUACCGUAGUCGAAGAGUUAGAAGACUCUCUAGGUUCAGGCAGCAGACGACCAAGCAUAGCCAGCAGUUUAGGUGGCAUGAUAGCUGAAGCAUGCGAAGGGCUGGAUGAUUCCUUGCUGAUGGACGCUGAGGCGCUGAUCGGUAACGCGCAGAAGAUGGGGAUCCAGUACCAGAUUUUACCUCGCGCUCCGAAGCGGAUUUCCAUUUUGGAUAUUCCGGAUUUACAGAUUAUUGAGACGAUGGAUAUUUUAAAUGACCAGACUAUUCCGGAACAGAAGACGCGACAGCAGCGAGACCAGCGUCGUCGAGGAAGUAGCAGCAACACAGAGUCUGAAGAAGGCAACAAUGUCGAUGGAAGCGUUGUUGCUGGGAUGUCAGAGAUGAUCGAUGCGAGCUGUAUAGACAAAGCGAUUGAGGACUUUAUGGCGGACGGCAGUCGCAAGGACAGUGUGGAUGUUGCAGCGUUACGGGAACGGUAUGUUGCGAUCUUCUGUUCGCUCCAACGCGAGCUGCACACUUAUAAGCAGCGCGUGGUGACUUUAUCCAAGCAACUGGAAGAGAAACAGGAGCUUAAUUCGAGCUUCCGUAAAGACAUCGAGUCGUUGCGCAGCGCUCUCACGUCCAUGCAACUCGCCGAUAAAGUGUACGACCUCGUAUCCACCGACCUGCAACAGCUUGUGAAACGAAAUGCCGCCGAACCAGCUCCCGUCCCUAAUGUCUUGUACUCUCAAUAGAAGUCUCAAGAAUGUAAAACCUGAUAAGCACAGGACAAGACCCAUUAAUUGCCACAAUAGAGAAGCAUUUAACCAUUCCUCGCGCAUA